AUGAUUAGUUCUAGAACUAUUGCAGUCUCUUUGCUCGUCCCUACCGUACUCUCACUAUGUCCACCGCCAGGGGCAAUCCUUCCACCACCGUCACUCGAGCCCAAUACUUCCGAUUUCAGCAUACCAGAAGUCCUUUUUACAAACUCGACUUCAGUCCAAGUACAAAACACUUCCUUCGCAAUCCAGGCUUCUAUUGGAGACACCAUAGUCUUCCAGUAUGAGCAUUCGGCUCCUGGUCGAGAAGUCAACCAGUCGCUUUUCGACACGAAGAUCCGCAUCGCUAGUGCUACCAAGCUGAUCACAGCGCUUGCUUUGGAGUUGAGUAAAGACAAGAUUGACUUAGAUGAUCCGAUUACUAAGUUUAUCCCUGAGCUCAACGAGGAGUGGUACGGCGAUGUGACUAUUAGUUCAUUGACUGAUCAUACUUCGGGUCUUGGUCGAUUUGGUUACACAACCGAUCUUGGAUUCAGCCCAGCUACAGCUGCCCUCCUGGGCCUGCCGAAGAUCAAUAACACACUUCCCGGCUGCGACCCCAUUCCCGGCGGACGAAUUUGCACAGAUCAAGAAGUAAAGAAUGAAUUCAACGACGCAGCAUACGUGCCCCAUUCACCUGGAUCGCGCGCAAUGUACAGUAACAUCGGCUACAUACUCCUCGGCAAAGCUCUCGAAGCAGUGUAUAACCAGAGCUACGAAGAAGUUCUACAAACGUUAAUCCUAGAUCCUGUGGGUAUGUCAAAGUCGACUUUCAUCGUUCCCGAAGAUGAUGGAAGCGCAAUCUUACCCAGACGUCCCGAGGACAAAAGCUGGUUCGUGGCCGACUUUGCGAAUCUGAACCCUACAGGUGGCCUGUGGUCAACACCGGCGGAUAUGCUCAAGAUGCUCCAUGCUCUCAAGAACGGCAAACUGCUUGGUAAAGUCGGAUUGAGGAAUUGGAUGCAGCCAACGACUUUCUUACGCUCAAUGCACCAGUACGUUGGUGUGGCAUGGGAAAUCUUCCGGAUCACGGACCUUCCGCUCGAUUUUCCACGACCGAUUGACAUUUAUACAAAAGCUGGUGGUGUGCCAGGAUACGGCUCUUAUCUGGUGUUGAUUCCAGAGUACGAUAUCAGUAUUACCAUCAAUGCUGCUGGAGGCGAGACGUCCUAUACUUCCAUUGACCUUCUCGACACUAUCACUACAGCAUUGAUUCCCUACGCUGAUCAACUAGCGCGAUCACAAGCCUCUUCAAAAUACGCUGGCACAUACAUGCUCCCAACGCCAACUGGAAACGAUACACUCAUAUUGUCUUCCACCUCUGGCCCAGGACUUACCAUUGAAUCAUUGACUAUCAACAACGUCUCUAUUGUCGACGCCUUGGCUAAGCGACAAAACGUUCCAUCUAAAAACUUUAGUGCACGCUUAUACCCAACUGAUCCAGACUCGCUAGGCACUGACAGUGAAAACUGGAGGAUGCUACCGGAUCAGACAGUUCCUGCGAAGAAACUGUGGGCGGAGCUUGAGUGUAUGAGUUGGAACCUGGGGGACUUUGCUCGUUACGUAAGUGAACCACUUGACACGUUUGUUUUUCACAUGGACGCGGAUUGCGAAAAGGUUGAGAGCGUAGAGUUGCUGGGUUGGAGAACAAAUCUAGUAAAGAUGGAAUGA